CCGGUAUUCCUGGCGGCAUUCCUCACGGCCGGCGUGCGGCGGACACGGCUCGCAUAUAACAACAAGAAGGUGCCUCCAGACUCUCCAAGUCUGUCCAGAACUUGAGCUGUGCCAAGGUGACUUUCUUCAAUUUGGGAAUUAUACAGAGCUCUCUCUCCACAUAUGGAGAGAGAUGGCAUGAUCUAGUAGCAUUAACAGCCUGAUUCAAUAAUUAACAAGAAAUUGCAAAAAGACAAGGGAAUUGCUGCAGAUAAGCACCAACAGCUUGGCAUGCUGUGGGAAAGGAACAGCUGUGUCAUUGCAUUCAAAGAGAGCCUGAGACACUCGAGUCCUCCUGGGGUAGGUGAGCGGCCUCUGGGGAUUUGUUGCUGUCGAUUUAUUUAACUUGGUGCUGGACCCCCCUGCACCUCAGGUACUGAUAUAUUCCAUAUAGCUGAGUCUUCCAGCAGCAAAUGAAAAACAUGUAUUUAUUCCUCCUUUCCAUUUUACCUUUGCUUUUGAAAGUCAUUGGCACCAAAGAUGUUAUAUUUGGUCAUAAUAAUUUCACAGAAUAUCAAGUGGGCAACAUGAACCUCAUUCUCUCUGUCCCACAUGGUGGGUCAAUGGAACCUAAAGACAUCCCUGAUAGAGAGGCUGCCUGUUGGGAUGCGAAGACAUCCUCUUGUAUUUUCUCUCAUGACUGUCCUCCUGGAAGUAUUCAAAAUGCUAUGAAAUGCAAAGUGUCUACCAACCAAGACAGGUAUACCAUAGAGGUGGCUCAGGCUCUUGCUGAAGAAAUCAACAAAAUUACUGAUGGCUUCUUCCCACAUAUCAUCAUAAACCACCUACAGAGGUUCAAGAUGGAUGCUAACAGGGAAAAGGAAGAAGCCUCCUUUGGAAUUCCCCUAGCAGAACAGGCCUGGGAGGACUAUAUGGGAUUUUUGACCACUGCAAAAUCACAAAUGUCAGGGGGCCUAAUUCUGGAUAUCCACGGACAAGCACAUCGUGAAAGGUGGAUAGAACUAGGUUACACACUUUCAAAAAAUACUCUUAACUCAGGUGUCUUUUCCGCAUCAAAUUCCUCAAUUAGCCAUCUGGCCAGUCAGCUGGUCAAUGUGUCUUCCGAGACUUUGGUUGCAGGGAACAGAAGUUUGGGUAAAUAUAUUGAAGGACAAAAUAAGAGUUAUGUUUGUGUGCCUUCUCCAUCCAAUCCUAGCCCAAAUAAUGCAAGCUAUUAUAGUGGUGGGUACAUAACAAAGACUUUUGGUUCCCGUAGCUCUGGCACCAUUGAUGCCAUUCAGCUCGAACUGCCCCAGUGGGUCAGGGCAGCUGAAGAGCGUCACAGAUUUUGUAAAGCAUUGGCAAGGGCUGUAAUGAAAUUCUGGCAAACUAACUACUGCAGCCAGCAAAAACACAAACUUCUGCCAUGCUGACAGCCUCUUGGCUGUCCUGUUAAGAUACCUUUCCUUAAUAGAGUAGUGAUCUGAAACAAUCAAAACACUCAUUCACCUGGAACAUUUAAGUGCAAUAUAAUUGUGGAUGCUGGUAGAAAGAAACCAUCCUGCAAAGGAAUGCAUCAACAUAGAGGAAAUCCACAGUUAAUACCAACAAAUCCAACCCAAAAAAUAACACCUUUGUACUAGACCCAGCACUGAAAUGUCUGCUGUAAGAUGAGUGGGUGCAAGCAUCACUUGCCUGUGCUUUAUUUCUUUCCAGUCUCAUGAUAAGCAACUGAUCUUCUAAUAAAUUCUGUG